AUGGAAUUCGACGACGGCAUCAGCAGAAUGAAGAAAGGAACAAGUAAAACAACUCUGGCUCUAGUUGUGGUCGUCACAUGUGUGGUGGUAACAGCAAUCACCGUACCGUUGACUUACUUCCUCCACCCCGAUAAGACCAGCCCGGGUUCCUCGGACUCUCAGAAGGGUGACUGCCCCACGGUGGCCCCCACGAGUGGACCAUCGCAACCCCCGGUGAUGGUGGAAGAUCACGAGAGAGUCAACUGCUUCCCCGGGUGGGAUGAUUACUCCGAAGAAGAAUGUCUCAAGAGGGGAUGCAUCUACUCCGAGCCAGCUAUGGAUAAAGACGCGCCAAUCUGCUACUUCCCUAGUGAUUAUGGUGGAUAUCGUAUGGUGGGCAAGGAGGAGGUCACGCUCUCCGGGUUAAGGGUCACCCUGGACCGCAUCGCGUCGACACCCUCGCUGUUCGGAGGUGAUAUCGAAAGACUGCUUCUGGACGUGGAAUUCCACUCCGAGUAUCGACUUCGGAUUAAGUUUUACGACCCAGCUAACUCACGCUUUGAGGUUCCCCUUGCCAUCCCAAGACUGUCAGGUACCAAACCAGAGAACACCAAAUACCACGUCACCUUCACCCAGAACCCGUUCACCCUAAAAGUCACCCGUAAGGACACCGGAACCGUCUUGUGGGACACGUCUCUCGGACCCCUCAUCUUCUCAGACCAGUUCCUUCAGAUCACCACGAAGCUACCGUCCUCCAAUAUCUACGGCUUUGGAGAGAACGAACACCCUUCAUUCAGACAUGACAUCAAAUGGAAAUCAUGGGGAAUGUUCUCCAGGGAUCAACCGCCAGGUGGUGACGGCAACCUCUACGGAGUUCAUCCAUUCUACAUGAAUCUGGAAGAAGAUCACAAUGCACAUGGAGUCUUUCUACUUAACAGUAACGCUAUGGAUGUUGCAUUGCAGCCAGCCCCUGCACUGACGUAUCACACAACGGGUGGAAUUCUAGAUCUCUACAUAUUCCUUGGUCCAACACCUGAGAACGUGGUACAGCAGUACACUGAGGCUAUUGGACGACCUGUGAUGCCGCCAUAUUGGUCGCUGGGUUUCCAGCUGUGUCGCUAUGGCUACAAUUCAUUAGACAGAGUUAAAGAAGUAGUGGCGGGAAUGAGACAAUAUGACAUCCCACUGGAUAUACAGUAUGGUGACAUCGACUACAUGGAGAGACAGAUGGAUUUCACUGUCAGCGCGGAUAGAUAUGAUGGCUUGGGAGAAUUUGUGGACGAGUUGAAGAACAACGGAACACAUUACAUCAUUAUAUUGGACCCAGCCAUACCAGCGAACGAGACAGCGGGAUCAUAUCCACCUUAUGACCGGGGAGUUAUCGAUGACGUCUUCAUUAAAACAGAGGAUGGACAAUCAAUUCUCUUCGGAAAGGUGUGGCCAGACUUGCCGGAUAUUUUCGUCAACACGAGCAAGGAAUGGGAAUAUCAAGUUGCAAAUUACCGGGCACACGCCGCAUUCCCGGACUACAUGAAGAAAAGUACAAAAGACUGGUGGGCAAAGCUAAUAGAUGAAUUCCACGACGAGGUUGCGUUUGAUGGAAUCUGGAUUGAUAUGAACGAACCAGCAAGUUUUGUUGAGGGGUCCACGUCAGGAUGCUCCGACAAUAAAUACGACAAUGCACCCUUCCAUCCAAGAAUUUACGGGGCCAGACUUGCCGAUAAGACCGCCUGCAUGAACGCUGUACAGCAUGAUACCGAACUCACACUAACUCAACAUUACAACAUGCAUAGCCUGUUUGGAUGGAGCCAGUCUCACCCUACGCUGGUGGCCAAUGAAGCAGCAACCGGCAAGCGGGGAAUCGUGAUCUCCAGGUCGACUUAUCCAGGAAGCGGUAAAUAUGUCGGCCAUUGGUUGGGAGACAACACUAGUAUAUGGCCACAUAUGCACAAAUCUAUCAUUGGAAUGAUGGAGUUCAAUCUGUUUGGAGUUCCCUAUAUUGGCGCUGAUAUAUGCGGCUUCUUCGAAAAUACCACCAUCGAUUUGUGUCGUCGUUGGAUGCAGCUGGGAGCAUUUUAUCCCUUCUCAAGGAAUCACAACGGGCUUGGUUUCGAGCCUCAAGAUCCAGCCGCUUUUGGUGCUGAUUUUGCUAAAGAUUCUAGAGACGUUCUGAUGAUACGCUACACACUGCUGCCUUAUCUCUACACGCUGUUUUACGAGGCUAACACCAUGGGGUCAACUGUGGUCCGACCACUUAUGCAUGAAUUCACUUCAGACAGCGCAACGUGGAGCAUUGAUACACAGUUUCUGUGGGGUCCAGCCUUGCUCAUCAGCCCAGCUUUGGAACAGGAUCAAGUGGUGGUGGAUGUGUAUGUACCCGAAGGUCCAUGGUACGUCUUUCAAACGGGCGAACAAGUUGAUAGAACUGUGGAGAAGACGAAAGUAAAGAUACCAACUCCUAUGGAUCAGAUCAAUCUUCACGUCAGGGGUGGUUAUAUUCUACCGACUCAACAACCAGCUAAUUCGACAGUGUUCAGUCGGGUGCUUCCGUUUGGGCUGAUUGUCGCCCUUGAUGGGGACCAGAGCGCCAGGGGACGUCUCUACUGGGAUGAUGGCGAGUCCAUAGAUCCUCUUGGUACAGGUGACUACAAUCUUGUUGACUACUUGGCUGCAAAUAGAGUUCUACAGUCCACCAUCAUCCAUCCUCUUCCAACACUAAUGGCUGACCUUGUCUUAGAUGACAUCACGAUCCACGGGGUCAAGGGUCAAGUGUCAAAGGUCAUGUACCAGAACAUGGACUUGGAAGGUGAUAAGUGGAUCAUUGAUAAUGAUAAAAUGAUCGUGACAAUCAGCAAUCUGAAUCACCCGAUGGAUGAAAACUUUCUUAUUACUCUGGAAGAUUGAUCGUCACCGUCUUAAGAAACAUACCAAGAAGCAUCUCAGCAAGAAUAAGCAUUUCCUCAAAGACUUGUAAUUUUUUAUCUCUUGAAAUUCAGUUUAGCUUUUUAUUUUAAAUAAAGUGACAUAAAGAUCUGAUUUAGCAUGUCCUUAAUUAAGCCUGAAGUCGGUAUAGCGAAACGUAAUACGGAAGCGUUACAUGGAAAAAGGUUUGGCCUAAAAUCAUAACUCGUUUGCUCUAUAGUGCAAUUUGUGUGGGUUUCAUAAAGGUGCCUUUGAAUAUUUUUAAGGUCUUGGUAAAUGGGGUUUGUUGUCAAGGGUGGUCUUCAAUUCAUUGUCUUCAAUAUAGACCUAUGCAUUGACGUCAUCCAGCGGCCAUCUCAGUGGAAAAACGGUGACGAAACAAUCGAAACGCACA